AACCCCCCUAACUCUCUUCUUGGCGUUGAUCCACGCCGUCUUUUAAUACUCUUUCCCUCUAACCACCUUCUUUCGUGCCGUUUAUGACCAUUCUUGAUUGCCUCAAAUCGUCUCCUAAAACUGAAACCCCAUCUCUCUAAAUUCUUCCCCUUUUUCUUUGCUUAACGCUGCCGCUGUAUCUAGCUGGCUCAAUCUCUCUCUCUCUAAAAUCCUUUCUGGUUUCUUUGUUUAUAAGUUCUUUCUCCUCGAACCUUUCUCCUCUCUCUUUCUUGUUUGUCUCGACCGAGAGUGAGAGAGACCCAGACCCAGAAGCGACAGAAAGGGAUAGGAGAGAGAAAGACGCGUCGAGCGCCGGCGGCGAAGAAGCGGGGAUGGGUCAGUGCUAUGCCAAGAACAUCCCCGUCGCCGAGGACGACCGCGACUACCAGCCCCCAAAUCCUCCCGCCGCCAACGGCGGCGACGGCUCCGUCGGCGGCGGCACCACCGCGCAACCGCCCCGCAAGGGCGGAACCACCCCGGCCCGCUCCUCCGCCGCCAGCCCCUGGCUCAGCCCCUUCCGCUACAGCUCCUCCGCCAGCCCGCUCCCCGCCGGGGUCUCUCCCUCGCCGGCGAGGUCAACUCCCCGACGGUUCCUCCGCCGCCCCUUCCCGCCGCCGUCCCCGGCCAAGCACAUCAAGGCCUCCCUCGCCAAGCGCCAGGGCGCGCCCAAGCACCGGGAGGGCGCAAUCCCGGAAGACGGAGGCGCCGGCGCCGGUGGAGGGUUGGAUCCCCAGGCGGAGCGACCGCUGGAUAAGGGCUUCGGGUAUGGGAAGAACUUCGGGGCCAAGUAUGAGCUGGGGAAGGAGGUCGGCCGCGGGCAUUUCGGGCAUACGUGCUCGGCCAGGGCUAAAAAGGGCGAUAUCAAGGGCCAGCUCGUCGCCGUUAAGAUCAUCUCAAAAGCUAAGAUGACAACAGCAAUAUCAAUUGAAGAUGUUCGCAGAGAGGUGAAAAUUUUGAAAGCUUUAUCUGGGCAUACAAAUUUGGUCAAGUUUUAUGAUGCAUGUGAGGAUGCCCUUAAUGUCUACAUAGUCAUGGAAUUGUGUGAAGGUGGAGAGCUAUUAGAUAAAAUCUUAGCCAGAGGUGGGAGGUACACAGAGGAAGAUGCUAAAGUAAUCAUUGUGCAGAUUUUGAGCAUCGUUGCCUUUUGUCAUCUUCAAGGCGUUGUGCAUCGUGAUUUAAAGCCAGAGAAUUUUCUGUUCACAACUAGAGAUGAAAAUGCUCCUAUGAAACUUAUUGAUUUUGGUCUUUCAGAUUUUAACAGACCAGAUGAAAGACUAAAUGACAUUGUUGGCAGUGCAUACUAUGUAGCUCCUGAAGUUCUGCAUAGGUCAUACAGUAUGGAAGCAGAUAUCUGGAGCAUUGGUGUCAUAACAUAUAUCCUGUUAUGUGGUAGCCGACCCUUUUGGGCACGGACAGAAUCAGGAAUUUUUCGUGCUGUGCUGAGAGCUGAUCCUAAUUUCGAUGAUUCACCUUGGCCUGCUGUAUCUCGAGAAGCUAAAGAUUUUGUGAAAAAGCUUCUGAAUAAGGAUUAUAGGAAAAGAAUGACCGCUGUACAGGCUUUAACUCACCCGUGGUUGCGAGAUGAGCAGCGACAAGUCCCUCUAGAUAUACUAAUAUAUAAGUUAGUCAAAUCUUACCUUCGUGCCACUCCUUUCAAGCGUGCUACAUUGAAGGCUUUAUCAAGGGCUCUAACAGAGGAUGAGCUGAUUUAUAUUAGGGCUCAAUUUAAUUUACUGGAACCAAAUAAAGAUGGGCGAGUGUCUCUGGAAAAUUUUAGAAUGGCACUCUUGCGAAACUCAACUGAUGCUAUGAAGGAAUCAAUGGUUCUUGAAAUCUUGAGUGCGUUGGAACCACUCGCAUAUAGAAGGAUGGACUUUGAAGAGUUCUGUGCUGCCACAAUCAGCCCUUACCAGCUCGAGGCUUUGGAAAAUUGGGAACAGAUUGCAAGCACAGCUUUCAAGUACUUUGAGUGGGAGGGUAAUCGGGUUAUCUCAGUUGAGGAACUGGCUCAGGAGAUGAACCUUGCUCCAGCAGCUUAUUCUAUUGUUCGUGACUGGAUCAGACCAUCUGAUGGCAAACUCAACUUUCUUGGAUACACCAAAUUUUUGCAUGGCGUGACAAUUCGUAGCUCCAACACAAGACACAACCGUUAGAUAUCUAUUGCCAUUCAUCUCAUUGUUUUUAUUCAUGUCAUUCAUAUAGUACUUGCAGAUCUCUUUUUAUCCUUGUUCUUUGUCCUUAUUUUGUUUUUCAUUGUAGAGAGUGGAUGUAAAAAGUGAGUUUAUGGUCAAGCCCAGAUGUAAGGUUCCUCGGGCAACAUAUGUUUUUGAGGACAAUUUUUUUAAGAAAAAUACCAUACUAUAGGCUCUGAUGUUUCUGAUCUUA